AUGGUUUGGAACGAUGAAUUCGACACAAACGGCAGACCAGAUCCAACCAAAUGGGACUUCGAACACGGCUUUGUAAGAAACAAUGAAAUGGAGUGGUACCAGCCAGAGAAUUCCUGGGUUGAAGAUGGUCGUCUUAUCAUUGAAGGCAGAAAGGAAGUCGAUAAGCCAAACCCAUGGUACAACGCUAGCAGCACAGAUUGGAGAUACAGCAGAAAGUGGAUCAACUACACAUCAACAUCUCUUAUCACAGAUAAGAAGGCUGAUUGGUUAUAUGGCCGCUUCAAAGCCGCUUGCAAGAUCCCAACAAUGUCUGGGUCUUGGCCAGCUCUUUGGUUCUUAGGUCACGAAGAAAUGGAUGGCGAAUGGCCAUCAAACGGUGAAAUCGAUCUUCUUGAGUAUUACCAGGAUCAUACACUUCAUAACCUUUGCUGGGCAAGUGAAUGGGAAUGGGCAGGCAUCUGGAGUACACGCACAACAUCAUAUUCUGGCUAUUGGACAAAGUUUGAUCCAAAGUGGAACCAAUCCUUCCAUGAAUAUAGAAUGGACUGGGAUGAAGAAGCUAUCAAGCUCUACGUUGAUGACGAACUUCAGAACUGUGUUAACUUAGAUAGAACAAUCAACGAGGGUCACUGGUGGAAGGUUAAGAACCCAUUCAAGACACCACAAUAUAUGAUUAUCAACCUUGCCCUUGGUGCAACUGGUGGCACAAUCCAUGAUGAAGAAAUGCCAAGAAGAUAUGAAAUCGACUAUGUUAAAGUCUAUCAAAUGGCCAAGCAUCGUAAGCCAACACAAACAAAGGAACUUUGA